AUAUUUUUUUUAGGAUAUAUCAAUUAAAUACUAGUUGAACACCCUAAGAAAAAAAAAAAAAAACUGAUGCUAAUGCCAAUGAAUAAAAAGUUUCGUUCAUUCUGUGAAGCCCACAAGCGAAGUUGCAAAGCGGGAGAGAAAAAACACGAAGAUAUAUAUACAGAGAGAGAGAAGAAACUUCACAUCACAUACAAAAGAUUUUUUGAUUCGUCAAAACAGAGUCUCAAAUUGAGAGCCAUAGUUUUCUCGAUCUGUCUUCGUUCAAUUUUUCUCCGAUUACCACCGUCUAACGAUUUUCUCUCCGAUCCCUAAUUUUCUUUUUCUCAUUCAUUUUCUCGGGUUUUGAAUUUGAGCUUUGGGAUUGAGGAGAGGAGAAUUGUGUGCAGCAUGAGCAUUGAGAGUCCUGGAGAACGGGAGAAUUAGGGUUUUUUUCAAGGUUUCAUCAUUCUGGAGUCGAAGAUUCCAAUGGGUGAUGGAGGCGUGGCGUGCAUGCCUUUGCAGCAGCAGCAGCAGCAACAACAACAGCAACAUGUUAUUGAGAAGUUGCCGAAUGCUGGGGAGGAAGCGGGUUGUGAAGGGAAGAGUGAGAAUGGUUUUAGUUCCGAGGUGGUUAAAGCUCCUGAAAAGAAGAAGGUGAGGAAGGUUAUAAAGAAGGUGGUGAAAAAAGUGAAGAAGAAAGUAGUGGCUGGGACAAAGAAGGCUGUAACUGUGAAAGGAGAAUUGGUGUCAGAUAGAGUGAGCAGCAAUGGUGUUGAGAGUGGCGAAAUAUGUGGUGGGCAGAAGGAAGAAGUGGAAGAGGGUGAAUUGGGGACUUUGAAGUGGCCGGGGAGUGAACUGGAGAAUGGAGAGUUUGUGUCUGAGAAGCUGCCUCCGCCGCCACCACCACCACCACCACCGCGGAGUAAUGACAUUGAAAAUGAGGAUAUUGUCAGUGAGAGGUGGAAAAAAGUGCAGGUGGAGAAGGGAGAGGUUGACAAUUGGAGAAAAGAGGAGAUAGUUUAUGAGAAGAGCUGGAAAGGAGAAGGUGAGAAAGGGGCUUAUGGGUCAUGGAGAGGUGGUAUAAAGGGUGAUGUUGAGAAAGGAGAAUUCAUUCCAGAUAGGUGGCACAGGGGAGACACGGGGAAGGAUGAUUAUGGGUACGGUAGAAUCAACAGGUACGAGUCAUAUAGGGACAAAGGGUGGAAAACUGAACGUGACGUGGAAUGCAUGUCGCCUUCUGGUAGGUAUGCAAGUAAUGAUUAUUUUAGGAAGAAGGAUUUUAAUAGAAGUGGGAGUCAACAUAUGAAAAGUGCACCCAGGUGGGAGAGUGGACAAGAAAGAAAUGUAAGGAUCAGUUCAAAGAUUGUGGAUGAGGACAAAUAUGAAGACAAUGGUAGGAUACAUGCAAGGGAUUACUCUUCUGGAAGUCGUUUGAAGAGGCAUGUCAAUGAUUCAGAUGGUUGGGAGCGGAAGCAGUAUGGAGAUUAUACUGGUUUCAAAAGUCGAAGGGUAUCUGAUGAUGGCUCACGCCAUGUUUAUUCAGAGCACUGUGUUUCUUCAGAGCACUAUUCUCGUCUUUCUGUGGAGAGAUCUUACAGAAAUAGUUCUUCAAAGUUAUCUGUCGACAAAUAUUCUUCUAGGUAUCAUGAAUCUUUGCCUACCAGAUUGGCUUAUGAUAAACAUGGAUGCAGUCCUGGUCAUUCUGAACGAUCCCCACACAAUCGAGCUAGAUAUUAUGAUAAUAAAGAUCACGCUCCUCCCCGUCGGUCACCCUAUGGCUGUGACAGAUCUCUAUAUAGCCGUGAGAAGUCACCUCAUGGCCGUGACAGAUCUCCAUAUAGCCGUGAGAAUGGCCGUGACAGAUCUCCAUAUAGCCGUGAGAAGUCACCCUAUGGCCGUGACAGAUCUCCAUAUAGCCAUGAGAAGUCACCCUAUGGCCAUGACAGAUCUCCAUAUAGCCAUGAGAAGUCACCCUAUGGCCGUGAUAGAUCUCCAUAUAGCCGUGAGAAAUAUUCGCAUGGUCGUGAAAUAUCUCCAUAUAGCCAUGAGAAGUCACCCUAUGGUCGUGAUAGAUCUCCAUAUAGCCGUGAGAAAUAUUCGCAUGGUCGUGAAAUAUCUCCAUAUAGCCAUGAGAAGUCACCCUAUGGCCGUGAUAGAUCAUCUCCAUAUAGCCGUGAGAAAUAUCCGCAUGGUCGUGAAAGAUCUCCAUAUAGCCAUGAGAAGUCACCCUAUGGCCGUGAUAGAUCUCCAUAUAGCCGUGAGAAAUAUCCGUAUGGUCGUGAAAGAUCCCCAUGUGAUAGGAAUUGGGAUAGAAGCCGUCACCGUGAUCAUAAAUUAAGAAGUCCUACUCAUGCUGAGCGGUCCCCACAAAAUCGAGGUCGGCAACGUGGUUGUAGGGAUCGGACUCCAAACUUGAUAGAGCAAUCCCCACUUGAUCGAACAAGAGAAAAUAUUGAUCGAGAAACGAGUAAUAAACCCGUAUCAAGUGAAAAACAUAACUCACAAUAUAGCUGUAAAAAUCCUGAAAACAAGAAUAUUCAAAAGGAGCCAAAUCUUUCGGGUAUAGAAUCUCAAGGUGAAAGAAACGUACAUGAUGCCAAUGGGUCUGUAGAUAAAGGUGGCUGCAAUGAACCUGAAAAGGAACAAAAGUCCUGCAGCCCAGCUGUAAACUGCAAAGAUUCUCCUUGCUUGCAGCUACCUCCUGAGGAGCAGCCUUUUUUGGUAGAAGAUAUGGAAGAAGAUAUGGACAUAUGUGAUACUCCUCCACAUGUUCCAGUGGUUUCUGAUUCAUCAAUAGGAAAAUGGUUUUAUCUUGAUUAUUAUGGUGUAGAACAGGGUCCUUCUAAAUUGUCUGACAUCAAGGUUCUUGUUGAUGAUGGUGUACUACAGCCGGAUCAUUUUAUUAAGCACAUAGAUAGUGACAGGUGGUUAACUGUUGAGAAUGCGGCAUCACCAUUGGCAGCUCAGAGUUUUCCAUUGAUUGUGUCAGACACCAUAACCCAGUUUGUAAACCCUCCAGAAGCUCCUGGUAAUCUUUUGUCAGAUACUGGUGAUAUUCUUCAAACUGGACCUGAGAAUUAUCAGGAAAGGCAAUCCCCUUCCCUGCAGUCAAAGUUAUGCCUUGAUGAAAGUGUGCUUGCAUCUGAGCUGUUGGAGGACAGCCACUUUGAUGAAAGGGUUGGUGUUCUUUUAGAAGGUUAUGAUGUCAUUCCUGGAAGGGAGCUUGAGGCAAUAACAGGAGCUUUGCAAAUGAAUUUUGAAUAUGCAGAGUGGGACGAUUUGGGAGACUACAAAGGUUUCCCUGGGCCUGAUACUUGUCCGAGCAUGGACCAUGAUUCUAAAAUUGAUUUUGCUUCAAGUCAGCCUGAGUCCCAGUUAAUUAUGCCCUCUGACAAGGAUAAUGGCUUUACCCCUGGUGUUCCUGAUGACUGGUUUUCUGCUCGAUGGUCAUGCAAAGGUGGUGACUGGAAGAGGAACGAUGAUUCCCAAGAUAGAUAUUGUAAAAAGAAACAGGUCCUAAAUGAUGGGUUUCCAUUAUGUCAAAUGCCCAAGUCUGGAUGUGAAGAUCCUCGGUGGUCUAGCAAAGACGAUUUGUAUUAUCCAUCUCACAACAGGAAGCUUGACAUUCCUCUUUGGGCUUUUUGUACAGAUGAGUUGGUUGAUUGCAGUGGUGCUGUAAGCAGAGCAAUUCAAAGUAAGUUUGGUUCUGUUAGAGGAGUGAAAGGAAAUGUUCACUCAGUGGUCAGGAUAAAUUCAUGUGUGGUCAAGGACCAGGGAUCAUUGGUUUCUGAGUCACAUCACAAGACCCAAGGCAAGGAUAGAUAUCGUUCAUGGUCAGCUCGACCUUUCUCUUCAACCAGUGAUAGCAAGAAAUCAUCAGCUGAAGAGGAUUCCCAGUCAAAAAUUGUUAGUGAUCAAGGUUCUCAAGGCUCUUGCAGGAGUGUAGAAUUCGUUAAUAUUUCUCAAGACCAUCUCUGUGACGUCAAUGACUUGCAGUUGCAUUUGGGUGACUGGUAUUAUCUUGAUGGUUCUGGGCGCGAAAGAGGGCCUUCGUCGUUUUCAGAUCUACAGUCUUUAGUAGACCAGGGAAUUAUAAAGAAGUACAGCAGUGUAUUCAGGAAAUGCGAUAAACUCUGGGUUCCUGUUACUUCUUCCACAGAAACUUAUGAUGUUAAUCUCAAGAGCCACCAAGAAAGCAGUUCAGUGUCUGGUGAAUUUUCUGGACAUCGAUCAGUGCAAUCUCCAGGUGUUUCAUUUGGUGAACCUCAUUCAAAGUCAACUAUGUUUAACAGCUUAUACCCCCAGUUUGUUGGUUAUACUCGUGGGAAACUACAUGAAUUGGUAAUUAAAUCAUACAAGAGCCGGGAAUUUGCCGCAGUAAUAAACGAGGUUUUAGAUCCUUGGAUCAAUGCAAGACAGCCAAAGAAGGAAAUUGAGAAACAAAUAUAUUGGAAAUCAGAAGGUGACACACAUGCUUCCAAAAGAGCCAGAGUGCUGCUUGAUGAUAUUGAAGAAGAGAGUGAUUUUGUAGAUGACAGCUUUAUUAUUGAGAACGACGAAUCCACUCUUGAGGCUCUGUCUGGUGAUGUUACUUUCUCUACCGAAGAAAGUGGCAUUACUGUUUCCAAGGAGGGAAGGUGGGGCUUAUUGGAUGGUCGAAUGUUGGCACGAGUCUUCCACUUCUUAAGGUCUGAUUUGAAGUCCCUCGUCUUUGCGUCCAUGACAUGCAAGCAUUGGAAAGCGUCUAUAAACUUUUACAAAGAAGUCUCGAGAAAUGUCAACUUGUCAUCCCUUGGUCAUUCUUGCACAGAUUCCAUAAUGUGGAACAUUGUGAAUACUUACAAGAAAGACAAGAUCAAAUCUAUGAUUCUAAUGGGUUGCACCAACAUUACUGCUGACAUGCUAGAGAAAAUUCUUCUUUCAUUUUCUGGUUUAUCUACACUAGACAUUAGAGGGUGCAAUCAGUUUGAGGAGCUGACUCCUAAAUUUACCAAUUUGAAAUGGAUCAAGAGUCGAAAUUCACGCAUAACUAAAAUUGCAGACGAGCCACAUAAAAUCAGAAGCCUCAAGCAGAUUAGUGAUCAUUCUCUGUCUGGUUCUAAGGCCAGUAGUUUAGGUAUUAGGGAUGAUUUUGGUGAGCUGAAGGUUUAUUUUGAUAGUGUGGACAAGAGAGACACAGCGAAGCAAUUAUUCCGUCAAAACUUAUACAAGCGUUCAAAAUUAUAUGAUGCUAGAAAGUCCUCUUCUAUUCUCUCUAGAGAUGCUCGUACAAGACGAUGGUCAAUUAAGAAAUCUGAAAGUGGUUACAAAAGGAUGGAGGAAUUUCUUGCUUCAAGACUGAGGGAAAUUAUGAAGGCAAAUGCUUGUGACUUUUUUGUCCCCAAGGUUGCAGAAAUUGAGGCUAAAAUGAAAAGAGGUUAUUACAAUGGACAUGGGUUGAGCUCUGUGAAGGAGGACAUACGGAGAAUGUGCCGUGAUGCAAUGAAGGCAAAGAAUCGCGGUGAUGCUAAUGAUAUGAAUCAUGUUAUCUCAUUAUUUAUUCAGCUUGCAACACGGUUGGAGGAGAGUUCUAAAUAUGUGAAUGACAGAGAUGCACUUUUGAAGUUAUGGGGAAAUGGUUUACCCUCCGCAUUCUGUUCUAGUUCCUCCAAGUACAAGAAGAAUAGAUUAGUGAAUGACAGAAAGUAUAGAAGUGAUGACAUGCAUGGUGGUUUGGAUAAUGGACAGUGUGCUUCUGAUAGAGAAAUCAGAAGGCGUUUAUCAAAGUUGAAUAAAAAAUCUAUGGACUCAGAGAGUGACACAUCUGAUGACCUUGAUAGAUCUUCUGAAGAUGGCAAUAGUGAUGGGGAUACUUCAUCCUCCAAUACUGAUAGUGACCAAGAAGUUCAUUUAGAGAGUCGAACCAGGGAGUCAAAAGGAAAUGGAUACUUAACACCUAAUGAUGAGUUGGAUUUCAUUACUGAUGAGCGUGAAUGGGGAGCUCGCAUGACAAAAGCAAGUCUGGUUCCUCCUGUUACUAGGAAAUAUGAUGUCAUUGAUCAAUAUGUCAUUGUAGCUGAUGAGGAUGAUGUGAAAAGGAAGAUGCGGGUUUCAUUACCAGAUGACUAUGCCGAGAAGUUAACUGCACAAAAGAAUGGCACUGAGGAGUCUGAUAUGGAACUUCCUGAAGUCAAGGGUUACAAACCCAGAAAAAUGCUUGAACAUGAGGUUGUUGAGCAAGAGGUUUAUGGAAUUGAUCCCUAUACACACAAUCUUUUACUUGAUUCUAUGCCAGAUGAAUUAGAAUGGUCUCUACAAGAGAAGCAUGUGUUUAUAGAAGACACACUCCUUCGGACAUUGAAUAUGCAAGUUAGGCAUUUUACUGGAACUGGAAGCACUCCAAUGAGCUACCCUUUGCAGCCUGUUGUCCAAGAGAUUGAAAAGAGUGCAGUGGAGCACUGUGACACAAGAAUGAUCAGUAUGUGUCAAGGGAUCCUAAAAGCCAUAGACAGACGUCCUGAUGACAAAUAUGUAGCUUAUAGAAAGGGACUUGGUGUUGUUUGCAAUAAGGAAGAAGGCUUUGGUGAAGAUGAUUUUGUUGUGGAGUUUCUUGGAGAGGUGUAUCCUGUGUGGAAGUGGUUUGAGAAACAAGAUGGGAUACGAUCUCUGCAAAAAAACAGCAAAGAUCCAGCACCAGAAUUUUAUAACAUAUACCUUGAGAGGCCAAAGGGUGAUGCUGAUGGUUAUGACUUAGUUGUUGUUGAUGCUAUGCAUAAGGCUAACUAUGCCAGUCGAAUAUGUCAUUCAUGCCGACCUAAUUGUGAAGCAAAAGUUACUGCUGUAGGUGGUCAUUAUCAAAUUGGUAUUUAUAGUGUUCGUAAAAUUCAGCAUGGCGAGGAGAUCACAUUUGAUUACAAUUCGGUUACAGAGAGCAAGGAGGAAUAUGAAGCAUCAGUCUGUUUAUGUGGAAGCCAAGUUUGCCGCGGGAGCUAUCUAAAUCUGACUGGUGAAGGGGCUUUCCAAAAGGUACUGAAGGAAUGGCAUGGGAUUCUUGAUUGUCAUUAUUUGAUGCUAGAAGCCUGUGAAUUAAACUCCGUUUCUGAAGAGGACUAUAAUGACUUGGGAAGAGCGGGUUUAGGAAGUUGUUUGCUUGGAGGCUUGCCAGAUUGGCUAGUUGCUUAUGCGGCUCGCCUUGUGAGAUUUAUUAAUUUUGAAAGAACAAAACUUCCUGAGGCAAUUCUAAAGCAUAAUUUGGAAGAAAAAAGAAAAUAUUUUUCGGAGAUAUGUCUUGAAGUUGAGAGGAGUGACGCAGAGGUUCAGGCUGAGGGUGUAUACAACCAGAGGCUUCAGAAUCUUGCAGUCACUCUUGAUAAGGUAAGGUAUGUUAUGAGAUGUAUAUUUGGUGAUCCAAUGAAAGCUCCACCUCCUCUUGAGAAGCUCAGUCCUGAAGCAGUUGUUUCAUUCCUCUGGAAAGGAGAGGAUUCAUUUGUUGAGGAGCUUCUUCAGUGCAUGACCCCUCAUGUGGAAGAAUCUUCCUUGAAUGAUCUCAAGUCCAAAGUUCGUGCCCGUGAUCCUUUGAGUUCUAAAGAUAUUCAGAAAGCGGUGCAAAAAUCUCUGUUGUGGUUGAGAGACGAGGUUCGAAAUCUUCCCUGUACAUACAAAUGUCGGCAUGAUGCUGCUGCUGACUUGAUCCACAUUUAUGCUUAUACCAAGUACUUCUUCAGAGUACUGGAUUAUAAAACUAUUACUUCACCACCUGUCUAUAUUAGUCCACUUGACUUAGGUCCCAAGUGUGCUGACAAAUUGGGAGCAGGAUUGCAGGAGUAUCGGAAGAUAUAUGGUCAAAAUUAUUGUUUAGGGCAACUGAUAUUUUGGCAUAAUCAGAGUGAUGGGGAGCCUGAUUGUACCCUGGCUAGAGCCAGCAAGGGUAGCUUGUCAUUGCCAGACAUCAGUUCCUUUUAUGCCAAGGCUCACAAGCCUUCACGGCAACGUGUUUAUGGUCCAAAGACGGUCAGAUCUAUGUUGGCAAGAAUGGAGAAGCAUCCCCAGAGACCUUGGCCCAAAGACCAGAUUUGGUCAUUCAAAAGUAGUCCUAAAUUUUUUGGUAGCCCAAUGUUAGACGCUGUAAUUAAUAAUACUCCACUGGAUAGAGAGAUGGUUCACUGGUUGAAGCACAGACCUGCUAUAUUCCAGGCCAUGUGGGACCAGUGAAAUUUUGCAUGGUUUUGCUGAAGAAGACAGAGCCAUUCUGGUCAAACCUUUGUGGUUCAUCAUUCAGAGCUGCCUGCCUCUUUUACCGUGGGGAGUCUGUACAUUAUUAAUUCUAAGCAUAAUUCCUUGUUCCGCAUUUUCCGUCAUUAUUGUGUACAGUUAGUUUUCUUAGCCUUUGAUUUGUAAUUCAUUUGGUUGUAGGACAUUAUUUUACUCAUAAUAGGAAAUGAAAUGAAGGAAAAAAAAAAGGUUUAAUUCGA